GCAAGUUGGAUAGAAAUAGCGUGCUUUUCAACAUAAACGUUCCUUACGAUCGUAAAGAAGAGAAGGACGAAAAUUAUGGUGGUAGAAAACGAAAACGCGUGAAAACAAUCGGUGCCUUCGACGAAACCACUCAAAGGAUUUUAGAAAACCAUUCAUCGAUUCAAUGCAAGCUGGAAAGCAAUCCCAAACCUACAUGCACCAGCAAUAAGAAAGCUCUUGAAUUUGUGGAUCAAUUCAACAGCUCUUCCAAUUACGAUGGCGAGCAAUGUUUUCGGGGCCAGAACACUACCGACUGUACGAUCGUUACCGAAAUGAACGGUGAAAGUUUCCUGAUACCGCCACGCGUAUCUUUCAUAAACUCUUCCAUCGAUCGAUUUACCGAGUACAUCCAGCCCGAUGAAACGUUCGACAUGAUCGUUCUCGAUCCACCGUGGUGGAACAAAUACAUUAGACGCGUGAAAGCGGCAAACAGUAAGGCAGGCUACCGGAUGUUAACAAACGCCGACAUAAAAGCGAUCCCGCUCGAAAGACACUUGCACAAAAACACUCUGGUGGUUGUCUGGUGUACCAAUGCACCGUCCCACAUCGAUGCGGUGUUGAGGGAUUUUUUCCCCAAAUGGGGAGUCGAACUGGUGGCUUGCUGGUACUGGGUAAAGGUAACCUCGGCGGGCCAACCGGUUUGCAAAUUUAACGAACCACAGCAAAAACAACCGUACGAGCGGCUCUUCAUUGGGUUACCGGCCGGUUCAACCAUGGCGAAAAGCAUUCCUCGCGAACGGUUCCUCUACUCAGUGCCCAGUGCAAUCCACUCACACAAACCGCCACUUUACGAUUUAUUCACAUCGAAAUAUUUACCACCGGAAGCUACCUGCUUAGAACUAUUCGCACGCAGCCUCUAUCCCCGCUGCACCUCGUACGGAAUGGAAGUGUUAAAAUUGCAAAACAAGCGCCUGUACGAACUGGCCAUGGAAGACGAAGACGGGAAGACAGGCGGACGCGUUGCAUUUGAAUAAAUAUGAUAAAACUGUGAAUCAUAGCAGCACCAAUCAGCAGCAGCU